AUGCCCAGGAGACCACCGAUCCUUAAGCCAGCUCCUCGCGGUGGAGACGGCGGCACCGCGCUCGCCUGCCCGGAGGAAGACGGCGGCACCGCGCUCGCCUGCCCGGAGGAAGACGGCGGCACCGCGCUCGCCUGCCCGGAGGAAGACGGCGGCACCGCGCUCGCCUGCCCGGAGGAAGACGGCGGCACCGCGCUCGCCUGCGCGGAGGGAGACGGCGGCACCGCGCUUGCCUGCGCGGAGGGAGACGGCGGCACCGCGCUCGCCUGCGCGGAGGGAAACGGCGGUACCACGCUCGCCUGCGCGCAGGGAGACGGCGGCACCGCGCUCGCCUGCCCGGAGGAAGACGGCGGCACCGCGCUCGCCUGCCCGGAGGAAGACGGCGGCACCGCGCUCGCCUGCGCGGAGGAAGACGGCGGCACCGCGCUCGCCUGCCCGGAGGGAGACGGCGGCACCACGCUCGCCUGCGCGGAGGGAGACGGCGGCACCGCGCUCGCCUGCCCGGAGGGGGACGGCGGCACCGCGCUCGCUUGCCCGGAGAGAGACGGCGGCACCGCGCUCGCCUGCGCGGAGGGAGACGGCGGCACCGCGCUCGCCUGCGCGGAGGGAGACGGCGGCACCGCGCUCGCCUGCCCGGAGGGAGACGGCGGCACCGCGCUCGCCUGCGCGGGAGGAGACGACGGCUGUUCGUCCGCUCGAAAAUGGCACCGCGCAGUCCGCUGGCUGGAGGAGGCCGAGCGAUAA